AUGAUUAGUUUCAAUAAUCUUUUCUUUUUGUUAUUAGUGCUUAGUGGUUGUAAUGGUGCAAUAGAUAUACAGAAGUAUUUGAAAGUGUGCAACAGAAAUGCUUUAGAUGCUAACGAUUGCAUGGUGGAUGCCGUUCAAAAGGGAAUUGCUGCCAUGAUCGACGGCAUUCCAGACCUGGAUGUGCCGCAAAUCGAUCCUUACUUACAAAAAUACUUCAAACUGGAUUAUAAUAAUAAUCAACUCGCAGUGAAACUGGUUAUGAAAAAUACAUAUGUCACAGGCUUAAAGAAUUCUAUAGUUAAGGAUGCAAGAUUACGUGCAGAUGAUGAUAAAUUUCACCUAGAAGUUGAUUUAACAACUCCUAAAGUGACGAUAACUACGAACUACCGGGGAGAAGGAAAGUUUAACGUUUUGAAUAUUUAUGCUUAUGGUACAAUUAAUACGACAAUGACUGAUUUGACAUACACGUGGAAAUUAGACGGAGUUCCGGAAAAAAAAGGGAAUGAUACCUAUGUCCGUAUCACAGAAUUUUAUAUGCGACCUGAUGUUGGAAGUAUGUUUACUGCCUUAGAAAACGAGAACCUUGAGUCCAGAGAAUUGACUGAUCUUGGUGUAAGCUUCGCAAAUGCCAACUGGAGAACUUUGUAUAAGGAGUUUUUGCCAUUCGCUCAAGAAAACUGGAAUAAAAUUGGCACUGCCAUUGCUAAUAAAGUUUUCUCUAAGGUUCCAUAUGAUGAACUGUUUCCUGCUUCCUCAUAG